AUGAAAUAACUCAGUUUAUUAAAUCUCAUCAACAUCUAACCCAAAUAAAAUGCAACUACUUUGUACUCGACCAAAAAUUCUACUAAAAAAAUAAGAAGCUUUGAUAUUAUUGGCAAAAGUCCUUAUAAAAUUAACCCUGCUCGAUAAACUCAAAAAUAAUUGAUAAAAGAAUACUAACCAAUAACUAGUAGAGCCACACAAAGAUAAAAUAUCAAAUCUCCUCCUGAAAUUACAAAAUCUAACAAACCAAUUAGUUUUAGCAAUCAUAGUAUGUUUAUAUUUUAUGUAUAUAAGUUGAUCUUCAUUAAAAUGAAACUUAAACAAAAGGAUAAUAAAAAUCCUAUCAUCUUUAACUAAAAUCAAUUCUAAUAAAAGAAUAAGACUAAAUGCAUUUGUUUGAUUAAGCUAAAAGUAACACAAAUUUAUAUUAUAUUAGGAAUAAAUACUUAGAUAACUAGUAAUCUAAUACCUUAGAUAACAAAGUUACAUCUAAGAACCCAUCCAGAAUAAUUAGAUUAAGAAGCAAGUCAGAAAUUACAACCAACUCUUCAAAAUACUAAUUUAAGUAAAUCUGAAAAACUGCUUCAUCUUGAAAAAAACUAAUAAAAAUUUUUGGAUCUCUAAAAUAAAAUCACUAACAAUAUUAAGUAAAGAAAUUAAACUAAAACUUAUUCAUUGACAACUCAUCAACCUUAAACUACUAUUAAGUAAAUUGCUGAUUAAUUUCAACUUCCUUAAACAACAUAAAUUGUUUUACAAUAUUUUUCAGAGUAACUCAGUGAAUUUGAGAAGAAAGAAAUAAUUGAUUAUGAAACUAUAUAUUAUCUUGCUCCUAAAAAUAUUGCAACAGCCUAAAGAGAUCCCUUAGGAAACUUAUUUAAUCAUGGAUAUGAUAAUUAACAGUAUUUAUAUAUUACUUAUUUAAUUAGUGGAGAUUAUAGAUUUAUAAAACAUGAUUAAAUAGCUUUUAGAUAUGAAAUGCUAGAAAAAUUAGGAAAUGGUAGUUUUGGCUAUGUUUUUAAAGUCUUUGAUCAUAAACAUCAUAAGGAGAUGGCAAUUAAAAUUAUAAAGAAUAGAGAGAAAUUUUAUUAAUAAGCAUUAAUUGAAAUAGAUUUACUUAAGAUUAUUAAUAAAGCAGAUAAUUCUUAUUGUUUGAUUAAAUUAAUGAAUUAUUUUGAAUUUAGAAAUCAUAUAGUAAGAAAUUUUAAUUAAUUUAGAAAGUGUAUGGUUUUUGAAUUACUUUGUUGUAAUCUUUAUGAAUUUGUAGCUUUAAAUAAUUUUGUAGGUUUAGAACCAGAUUUAAUUAGAAGAUUUGCUAUCUAAAUCCUAUAAGCUCUACUUUAUUUGAAAGCAUGCAAUAUAAUUCAUUGUGAUCUAAAACCAGAGAAUAUCCUCUUAAAGGAAUUUACUAAAUCAGGUCUAAAGGUUAUAGAUUUUGGUUCAAGUUGCUUUGCUAAUAAUAAAAUGUAUACAUAUAUUCAAGUAUAUAUAUAUAUUAUUAAAUAAAGAGUAGAUUUUAUAGAGCUCCUGAGAUUAUAUUUGGAAUAAAUUAUACAUUUCAAAUAGAUAUGUGGAGUUUUGGAUGUAUAAUUGCUGAACUCUUUGUAGGAGAGUCUCUAUUUCAAUCUAAAUCUGAAAAAGAAUUACUUUAUGCUUAAACUAAAGUACUUGGAAUGCCUCCUAAAGAAGUAAUUGAUUAAAGUCCUAAAAGAUCAAAAUUUUUUGAUGAUAAAUACUAGCUCAAUUAUAAAAUAAAAGAAAAUGAAUAAAUUUCAUUAUUGAAACCUCUUUCACAAUUACUUGAAAAAGCAGAUACAGAUUUUUAUGAUGUAUAAAAUAUAUGUAAUAUUAGUUCAUAAGCAAGUGUCUAGAAUGGAAUCAAUAUUAAAGAUUGACACCAGAAUAAGCUUUAGAUCAUCCUUGGAUUAUUAAUAGUCUACCUUAGUCCAUCAGGAAUGAACUUCUCCAAAAAAGAACAAAUGUAUUAUCAAUUAGUAACAAAUAUCAUGAUAAAUAAGAAUCUAAAUGA